AGAGAGAGAGCAACGAAUACAAGAGCGAGAGAGAGAGAGGAUGGAGAUCGCACUGAGCAGCGGCUACAAGAUGCCAGUGAUGGGGCUGGGAGUGUGGAGAAUGGAAGAAAAAUCCAUAAGGGAUCUCAUCCUCAACGCCAUUCAAAUCGGAUAUCGUCAUUUCGACUGCGCUGCUGAUUACAAGAAUGAAGAAGAAGUUGGUGAAGCUCUUGCAGAAGCAUUUCACACUGGCCUCAUCAAAAGGGAGGAUCUUUUCAUCACCACCAAGCUUUGGAAUUCAGAUCAUGGGCAUGUUGUUGAGGCUUGUAAGGACAGUCUGAAGAAUCUCAAAUUAGAGUAUCUGGAUCUAUACCUCGUUCACUUUCCUAUUGCUACAAAGCAUACUGGUGUGGGUGCAACUGAUAGUGCUCUGGAUGAACAUGGUGUGCUGGACAUAGACACAACCAUAUCACUGGAAACUACUUGGCACUCAAUGGAAGAUCUGGUUUCCAUGGGUUUGGUUCGCAGCAUUGGGAUCAGCAACUAUGACAUCUUUCUGACUAGGGACUGCUUAGCUUACUCUAAAAUCAAGCCUGCGGUCAAUCAGAUUGAAACACAUCCCUACUUCCAACGCGAUUCUCUAGUGAAAUUCUGCCAAAAGCAUGGGAUCUGUAUUACUGCUCAUACUCCUCUAGGUGGUGCUACUGCCAACACCGAAUGGUUCGGAACGGUCUCAUGUUUGGAUGAUCCGGUUCUCAAGGGCUUGGCCGAGAAAUACAAGAAGACUGUAGCUCAGGUCAUCCUCCGGUGGGGCAUUCAAAGGAAGACUGUGGUCAUUCCAAAAACAUCGAUGACAGAGAGAUUGCGGGAGAACUUCCAAGUGUUCGACUUUGAGAUAUCAGAGGAGGACAUGGACACAAUUAAGCGUGUGGAUCGGAAAUACCGGACCAACCAACCGGCCAAGUUCUGGGGAAUAGAUCUUUAUGCUUGAUAAGGUCGUCUGCCCCUUCUUUAUUCAUCAGUAGCAGCAGCAGUGCUGCAGACUGUAAUGGGAGGCUUGAAAAGCUCAAUUCACUCUUGAGUGGAUGAGUGUGCUGAGUUUCCCAUCUUAAUGUUUUUUAUUUUAUUUUUCCUAUUAAUACAUCCAGACCAAUCUGUCCA